AUGAAGCUUGUGGUUAUCAUUGUCGCCGCGUCGGUUUGUGUCAACUUGCAUGACUGCGAAGCAGAAGAUAAAUCAAGAAGACAAGUAAGAUCAACUGCCCUUUUUCGUUUCCAAGUAACUACAUCGCUUAUUUUUGAAAAGAGUGCAAAAUAUAAAAAUUGCUUAAUGGCACUUUUCAAAGUUUAACGGCAACCUUUUGGAACUCGGUUGUUAAGAACUGAGAGACAUAUGAGAGAAAGAUAACAAUCCCAGUAGAGCUAAUAUGAUAUAGUUUUCCAAUUCCUCUUGGCUAUCGGCAAUAAUCGUCUUAUCCUUAACAGCCAAUUUGCACCUCUCCUCUACGUUAGUAAAGUUGAAAUGAAUACCCAUGUACUAAUGGUGUAAAUACGAAGAAUGUUGUUCGCAAACGAGGCUUGGAAGUGAAAUUUGCUUUUCUGACGUAAUCACGCAUCCAAAAGAAAAAAUAAAUUAAUAAUUAUCAGAAUUCCAAAAAAAUAGCAAAUUUUUUGGGGGAAUAUAAUUGGUUGAUAAAAUUAACUAAACAAUUCUAAUCAAUUACUGACAACGAUUCAAACUGACAGAAGGGGACUCGGCAGGUUCUUCACCAGUCAUUUGAGUCAGAUAUCAAAAUAUGACUUCCUUACUUGAACUGAUCGUGAAAUAAACGUUUUCUGCCUAUGCUAAUUACUAGACUCUUCACAGUCCCCUAUUUUUCCGUAAGAUGGUAGAGAUCGAGUGCUUUGCGUUACGGGCUACCAUCUUGCAUGAGUUUCAAAACUACUUUGGGGGUGGGGGCGGUUUGGGAGGAAGCCAGAAAAAUAGAGGGACUGUAAUAACAUCACUGCAGCUCGCGUUCAGGAGGCGUGACAGGAAUUUCACGCCUUUUACCAUUCAUUAAUUAAGAAACUCCACUAGCGAUGAAAAACAUGCCAGACACAUUUAGCAUCGAUUUCGCUUGUUUACAAAUGUCUCCUUUCGAAACAGUGAUUUUAUACAGUUUCUAGGCCAUUCCUCCAAAUAAAAUCGCAAACAUGCACAGUUGAAACAUUUUCCUAAUCGAAGCGCUAAGCAUGCUCGCUUCACCACAGAUUAGAACGGUUAAACCUCCCGAUAAAAAGCGAGGCAUUUCUAACAGGUCGUCUUUCUUUGCAUUGGCGUACCGUUAAAUUUCAAUUCUUUUGACAAAAACUGUUACAACAUUCCCCUGGCCGGGCUGCUUCAAAAGCAUGUUAGCUUACGUGAUUCAUCCGCAAAAUAUCAAAAUCCUUCUUGUGUUUGCGCAAGAUGUAUUAUGAAAGCGUACGUUUUAAAGAAACGACGACUUGUCAGUGUCGGCAACUUGAACUAAACCUGUUGUCAACGCAAAUUAACAUCUACUGUCUAAUGACCAAUUAAACGCCUGCGUUACUGGUACAACGCGCUCCGUGAACGCGAGCUGCAGUGGUGUUAUUAUAGUCCCUCUAUUUUUCUCGCUCCCUCCCCCUAGAGCUAUAAUCUCCAACGCCCGCCCCCUUGGUACAUUUGAAAAUGAAGAUGACCGCCAUUACUGGUAAGACGCGCUAUAUGUCGACAAUCUCACAUAAAAAUGGGGGACUGUGAACAGUCUAGCUAAUUACAGUUACUUAUAAUAUAUAUAUAUAUAUAUACAGUACCACAAGUGAAGAGUAAAACAAUAUGUUUUUCGUCUCUCACCUAUAUUUCGGCCGUGUUAAACGGAGAGACGAAAAACAUAUUGUUUUACUCUUCACUUGUGGUGCUGUAUUUAUUGAGUUGUGAAGGGAGUGUCUUCUAAAAGAUGCUUGUGAUAUAUAUAUAUAUAUAUAUAUAUACAUAUAUCUGUCUGGAUUAGCAAAAACAUAUAGAAAUCUCUCUCAUAUACCUUCUGACUGAGACUUGCGGUAAUGCAUGUUUUUUUUUUUUUUGGUUACUUCCUAUUUAUAUGAUUUGUACCGAAUAUUUACUGAAUAUGCUGCAUUAGAUAGACUUUGAUGAGUUUCUCACUGGCUAUUAACCUACCCCUCCCCCUCCCGCCCCCUCUGCCAAAAAGAAUAUUUACUGAAUAUUUGAAAUCUGCAUUAGAUAAUCCCGGCUUUGGGUUGUCUUAGAGUUUUUGGCUGCCUUGAGCAAAGUUUUCCGGAAGGUAUCAUUAUUAUGAAGGAACAAUUCUCACCUCUGAUUGAUAUUGCGAGCUUUGUUGUUGGCAGUAACAAGUCUUUUGCCUCACAAAGUAGGUUCUAGGGAUGAAAUCUAUUCGGCGAGAUGGAAAUUGACGCUGAUUCCUAACCAGGCCAAAGACUUCGUAAAAACUUGUUUGGAAGGCGGGGGCUGUAUGUCCCCUUUUCAACUGCUGGUGUACAUCCGGGAUCUUGAAUAAAUCUGUAAUAAUCUUUACUAACAACUAGGAUGGUUGAGGAUUUAUCUCUAGUACGGAACUAAACAACAUGGCCGAAGCUCACACACAAAUGAUUAUGUACGCAUGCGUAUGGAAAUACCGCUGAUCAUUACAACUUUUCCCUAAAAAAAACAAAAAACAAAAAUACAAACAACAGAGAAGAAAACAAUCAAGCAUCCAGCAAGUGCUACGUGUGAAAACCAAAAACAGUUAAUGUUCACAAAUGCUAAACAUUGUCCUUGAAUCAUAAUGGUCUCCGCGAAAAGAGAUCAGAUGUUCAAUGUCCACAAAUGUUAAACAUAGUCCUUAAAUCGUAAUGGCCUCCGUAUGGCCCUUCCACUCCCAGUCUUCUAUUGUUCUGACGUCUCCAAAGAGCCAUCGCCUGAAUGAUUUCUCUCUUGCUCUUGGGACGCUGAGACAGGUUCCUCCACAACUGGGUUUCCUUGACUGUAUUGUUCGCUGCAAGGUAAGUUUCCAUUCAUGCUUCCUGAUGAAGGUUCAUGAAAAUGUCAGUCAUUUGUCGAUGCAGGACCACAGCCUGCAGUUUCAUCAACAUCUUUCUAUUUCUGCGGUAUUCUCCACCAUUAUCUGUUUGCACUUUGUAAGACCUAGGUUUUUCUGCAUGGUCCACUACUACCCGUGGUUCCCAGCGAUUUCCCAUGCGUACCCUGAUCUGUUUGCCUUUUUCUAAAGCUGGUAGCUGUCUGGUGUGCUGAUUAAAAUAGUAUUUUUGCUUCUCUUGCUUCAGCCUUAACUUCUCCUUUACUUUGUUUGGAUCCAGGACUCUGGGUUGCAGUUGCGCUUCAGUUGUGGGGAUAAUUGAUCUCAGUCGUCUACUCACGAGAAGUUGCGCUGGUGAGCCGACCUCAUCAAUAGGAGUGUUCCUGUAUUCUAAUAAUCCUAGAUAUGGAUCACGGUUGUCGUGCUUUGCUUUUAUUAGCAGAUUCUUUACCGUUUGAACUGAUUUUUCAACAAGCCCCUUCGCUUGUGGGUAGAGUGGACUGGUGGUGGUGUGUUUGAAUUCCCAUUGUUUCGUGAAUGACUCAAAUUCCUUGGAAGAGUACUGUGGACCAUUGUCACUGAUUACCUCACAUGGUAUUCCAUGACGCGCAAAAGCAGAUUUGAUGUGGGUGAUGACCGUGUUACUUUUGGUGUCUGGCAGUUUGGCUACUUCAAAAAAUCGCGAGUGGUAAUGUACAAUGAAGAGGUAUUCUGAUUUAUUCCAGGUGAACAGGUCUGUUGCUACCUUUUCCCAAGGCCUCCCAACGAGGGUUAAUUAAAAUACUGUUGCCAACAACCGACGUUUACAGUGCGACCGGGAAAACCGUGACCGCUUGAAAUAUCUCGGGAAUGUUCAUGGUGUUAUAACCAAUCACAGCAAAGAUCAGGACACGCGAACGGCCCACAAAACCACAAACUAAUUAACGUUCUUGCUUACGGUUUAGUUUUCUCACGCCUGAUUGGCUUACUUCUUGCGACAGAAAAACGUUCCAGAAAUAUUUCUGGUGUUUACGGUUUUCCAACUUCAUGAUUUCAACUCUGUCACGCAAUUCUGUUAAUCAUUGUCCGCGAUCUCUUUUUACAACACGUCACUUAUAGUUUUUCUUUGUUUUACUCUAUUACAGGUUUCAUACAAUAAUUGCAAGCCAUCUGCUCAUAUCGAAGCUUCAGACUUGCGAAAAGUGACUUAUAACGCCAAUCAAAGUACUUUUAUAUUUUCUUGAUUUUAUAGCUACCCUAGAGCAAGCGGUGUGCGUCCGAGACUCGACCAAUCAGAAUGCGUCCUUUGUAGAGUGAUUUUCGCUCUUGGAAAGAGGUAGUUUCGAAAACGAAGCACUCGUUCGUUUUCGAGAUUUGGGUUCUUCGUGCUUCAGUCUUCGCUUUCGAGUGCUUCGUUUUCGAAACUACCCUUGGAAAGAGCCGUUUUCAGAGGUACAUGUGGUGUAAUUUUCGCUUUAUUCCAUUGCAAGCUUGUGUAGGUAAUUUCGACACUAUACCGCCGUGGAAAGUUCUUGGAACACUUUAUCUUGAUAGCAGUUGCAUUAGUUUUAAAUACGCUUUCUUGGGCGUUUGUGACAAGUUUGAAUUGCUCGGUCAUGUGCAAGCCGCCAUGAUGAUUUGAGUGUUAUUUUCUCCGUUCUUCUCAUGGAUUCAUUGCUGGUUACUGUUAGCGGUUUUAUCGGAUUAUUUCGGGUCAACUUGUUACUUCAGCCUUUCUUCUUUGUACAUUUUGGGGUCAACCCGGGUCUACAACCAUUAGUUUCCUCGUUACGAGGCUUUAAAAGUGUCUUGGAAUGAAGAAAUUGUCUCAGCCAAGUAGAACUCCCGGGAAACGGGUUGAGAAACUUGCCGAAGCGAAAGCCGACGUGAAGCGAGUAACGCAAAAUCCAGGAAGAGUUUGUUUCAUUUUAAUCCAGAAAAGGUAAAUAAGUUUGAAAAUUGUGAUAACCUUUGGAAACAAAACAUUUUUCAUAACCCAGUGCGGAAACUGAAAGCGUGUCUUUGAAAUAAUUUGCAUGCAGUGUGUGCUAUGUGUAUGCAAAUCCUCACGUACAUUUAAGCGAGGGAAUAUAUCUCAACCAAAACACAAAACCGUUUAUCGAAGAUCUAGACAACAUCAUACAGGAUUUUAAAACUGUAAGGUUAGGUUUAUGACAAAAUCGAUACACUGCGCUCACUUCAAUGAUCGUACAGACAAGAUUGCAGUUUAAUUAUUUCUGCGGCCGUAGCUUCGGUGAAAUUCCUCUUGUGCUGUAGCUGUUCGGGCGCUACUAAUGGUCUGUUUUAGCCUUGCCCAUAGAACAUUUGUUUGCUUAUAAAGAUUUAAAACUGUCACUGUUUGAAAAAUGAUAUAAAAUUGUCGAUGAAAGUUAAAUUGUUAUGAGAGACGAUGCAAGAUUACUCACCUUGCUCUUUCUUCGCGCUCCCCCUCCUUGCCCGGUUAAUAAAGUCCAUCAGACCUAAAUAUAUAGAUUUAGCCAGGGCUAAAAGCGAAGCUCCCAUUAAUAAAUUUAUAAUUUAAAUCAAACAAUAAUCCACAAAUCAGUUAACUUAAGGGCACAUUCAUGUGACUUUUGAGGGAAAGGCUAAGUGACCUAAGUUAUUUUAGAGUGAAACAUCCUACAUCGAGUUGAUAGCCUUAUAUACAUGUACACCCAAAAAAUAGCAAACAUCUUCGAUCACAUUCAAGAGCCAUAAUGGCUCUUGAUCACACUAGAUAAGGCCUCAAAACCAAAUUUUUGGAAAACAAAUCAGGCCGAAUUUUUUUGCUUUCGACAGGUUUACUUUACAAAUUCUUGCCAACAAAUCUGGGGGUGUGUAAACCAUCUAAUCUGAGGUGAAACAGUACGUACUAUUUGUCAUACAGACGUCGGACAGAAUGCGGCAUUUCACAAUUUUUCAAGGCAAAUUGCACUCAGUCAAUGUUCGGGAGGAUCAAUCGUUAUGAAUCGUUGGCUUUUAGCGAAACCGUUUCAAAAUCUCAAAAUUUCAAAAUCACCCAUACGACCAGCCGGUUCUCAUUUCUAGUGCGAGCUGUCAGUGUGGUCGAGUGUUUGAAUGACUUUAAUAGAGUUACGCUUCAACAUAGUAACGAAUUUAUUAUUAUUAUUUUUUGUUAUUUAAUGGUUUCAGUUAUAACAAUGUGUAAUCUUAUAAAGCGUUUGAUACGCGCGACAUUUUUAAAGGGACUGGUUCACGAUAAUGCGCAUGUGUGAGUUCUGACAGUAGCUGAUUGUUUUUCAACCAAUCGGAAGCGAGUUAGAUGCAUGCAAGUAAAUUUACAAAAUUCAAAUUAAUUGUUCGCGACGCGAGAGUAUUUCCGGGAAUUUGGUUUGAUUUUAUUUAUCCCCAUAAUUCAAGUUUAUUCUUUGCUACUCCUCAGAUAUAUGUUGCAGCCGAUAAGAAUAAGAUUUACAGCCCUGUCCUGCUUUGAAACAAACAUUUACCAACGUGUAUUUUUACGAGGUCGUACCCACGCUAACAAAGCAGUCACCGAUCGGCAAACAAAAUUUGUAAGCAAACAUCUUAUUACUGUUCUCUCAGUUCGCCUUAUAUAAAUCCAGAAAUACCUACAAAUAGCACCUGACCGGUGACAAAAACGCACAACGUAUGAGUAUAAAGAUUAUCCUUAACUGAGCAUAAAUUUCAAAUGCUUAUCAGCAAAUGAACAAAUUCAUUCGCGUCGCAUCGGGUCAGUGUUCCGCUAAACAAAUGUUAUCGAGUAGCACACAUAAAGAAACUAGAUUAUAAACAGAAUAUUCAGGCAAUAAUUUAUUUUAAAAACAUCAAUUCUUAAACAUAUACGAUCGUAAAGCAAAGAUACAAGGAACAUUUCAAGUGUACGAGAUCGGUGAAGAUCGCGCGGCCUGUUGCGGUAUAACUACAGGUCGGAGUCAAAAAUCAAAUCAAAGUUGAACGAACUCAUGCCUUUAACCACUUUCCAAGUGUCGUGUAUACUUUUCGUAAGCCACACACUACUCCUAGAACCAUACCAGAUCGAUAGGCUAAGCUUCUCUAUCUCCAAAGACUCUUGAGAACGUCCUGUUGCCGGACGGCCACGAUGCUUUUCUGAACCUCCAUGAUCAAAACAUUAUUUUUUGUGUCUUCUUAAAACGUAACCAGUCAAACGACACAACCACACCUUAAUCACCACUACCGAAGUAUAACUAGACCAGCCAAAGCGACGGGUGUCCGAAUAAAACGAAGGAUUUUCAAUGAUUGUACCGGUAAUGGCGAUUUUAUUCUGAAGAGACAAACGGCGCGCAUGCGCAUUGUCGUGAACCAGGCCCUUUAAGUACUCCUGCAAGCGAUGUUCAUAAACGAUGAAAACAAACGCCACGGACGAGCGAUUAAAAUUGCAAGAGAGACUACUAACAAUCAAUAAAAGAAAUAUAAUUCGGUGAAACAUUUACAGAGACAACAACUUUCAUUCACGAAGACAAGUAUUAAAGUGUCUCUAAAAAUCCUGAGUCUUUACACUUAAAAGUUAAUUAAGUUUUACUUUCAGCUGGCCUCCCGUUGUUUGCUUUUUUCAAAGAUGAACUCCUCGAAGCAAGAAAAUCGCUCAAAGUUUUCUUUCCACACCCAAAUUUAUGGCUAAAUAUUCUUCGUAACGUUUUCUUUCUAUCUGCUGUGAGAAAAUAUAUCUGAAGGUCUUUUUAGGCUCUGUAAGCUUAUAUCAAACCUGAUACUAGUUCUGAUCAUUGACUCAAAUCUUACAAACGUGCAUAAACUUGCCGCAUAAACUGUGCUCGACUUCAUGAAAUUAGAUAUAACAAAAACAAACAUCAAUAAUUACUCAGGCUUACCAUUCGAGAUUCAGUUCCUGAAAGAUGAGGAAGACCACAGUUGCUUGAGACUUUUAAACCCUCGUACGCAUAAGCAAGGUGAAAAACGAAAACGAUGCCAUCCGAAAUCGGAUUACCGAAUUUUGACAAGCGACGCAUUUCUCAACCAAACACCCAAUAAACAAACCAGCCAUGAAUAACAGAAGACUCUUGAAAGCAGCUGUAUUUCAUUUUGUACAUCCAGUGGAAAAAGACAGUUAAAUACAUCACAAGUUGACACAAAGCUCUGUCAGCUUCAGCUCUCAAAGUAAACAACUUUCAAGAUGAUGCAUACAUUUUCCGCAUGAACUCACCUGUCAAUUUUUGACCAAUCAGAGUAUAAAAAUUGGACGUAGAGCGUGACCAACGCGUGACCGUGGUAAGAAAAGGUCUUCCCCGCAACUUCCCCGCCUGUAUUUUUAAAAACUGGCUGAAUUUUCGCGUCCGAGGUCAGUUUGAAAUCAAAAUCUUAACAGUGCGGGGCCAUAGUGACGUAAACACAACAUAUUUCAUAUGAAUCAUUUGAAAAAAUAAACUUGAGCCUGCGAUCAUUUGAAACUGGUAAUUUGUCAGCAGAUAACUUCAAAAAUACUCGACCUCGAUGGGUCGACACUUAAGCCCGCGGUACGGUCAGGUGAUACUGGUCAGCGGAUACCCUGUUUUGACAGCUGUCAAUUGAUCACAUCAUUGAUGUGCAAUUAGUUUUCUCUUGGGCUCCCAAACUAGCUACAAAGUGUGAGAGUAAACAUUGGUUUCCCUGUGGUGCGGACGGACGGUCGGGCGUACGGUCACGUGUUUACCAAAUUUUAUCGAAUGGGUAGAUUACCACAUUUCCUUAGCUAUGGGGCUCCGCUCACGCACGCGCUUCGCGCGCGGGUGGAGCUCCGCUACUAUUAAAUGGACGAGUUUUUUAUUUAAGCAAAUCCAGGAAUGAGCUACAGAUCUCUUUCACUCUUCUGAGAUAGAAAUAUACAUAUAAGCACAGCACUAAACAGUACCUAAAAUCUUCUGAGAAGCAGGAAAUCGCCGCCUAAAAUCUGGUAAAACCGCACCUUCGUUGGUCUGCGAAUCGCGAUAAACUUAUUGAAAUUACCUUAUGAAGCCAAUAGCAAGCAUCUAAGGCCAGUAUGAGAUCUUGAAAAUUCUCCAAAUCGCUCUCCUCCAUAAUGUUUUUCAGAAAAGGAAGCAGUGUUUUGAUCCCGGGUUUUGAUUCAUCUCUCUCGCGAGACGUGAAGUUGACCGUGUCACGAUUGAAAUGAGGCACAUAAACAGUUUUACCCAUGAACCAUUGUGGGUCGUGACGCACACCGCCUGACCCUAGUGGGCCUCCCAGGGGGAGUCCUUGUUCCCCUGUUCCCUUCAAACAUUUGCUUUAGUUUGUUCCCUUGUUACCACCUAUAUUCAGAACUUGUUACCUGCUUUUCUAGUGUACGCACCCUACACUGCCCCCCUCCCCCAACAUCCCCUUCUCCUUUCGCGUGCUGCUCUCGCGCGACUUCUCGAGACUCCCCGAAAUGGAGAGCUUGCUCGCAGGCUAAGCCUCACCCUUCGCUUAAACCCACCCCUGUACGCUCAAUGUUUCAUCAUCAGCUGCAUCUUUAGAGUCUCCGCCGAUUUGAAAAUUCCAGAAAAAUAUUGACUGAGAGUUGUUUAGGUUUCUCUUGUAAAACGCAAUAGACAAAUGACGCAGUAAAAGCAAAUUGCUAAAAAAGAAAAGGCACAUCAUAGGAACAAACCUGACUGGCUGUGACCAAUUUUUCCAUUUCCUUAGCUUAAUCAUGUUAUUUCGAAAUUGGCAGAUUAAUUUUCCUGGUUGACAAGAUAAACAGAAACCUCGAUAGCCAGGGCUAGAUAAACAUCACCCACAGAUUAAAACAGGGCAGUGUGACGAAAGACGAUGGUGGAAAUAACCUAGACUGAGAAAGUAAGAUCACUCUUGUUUAUCCUUUAGUGAUUAAAGACUGGUCUGUCAGUGCUCCGAACAGCUAUCUUGCAGGCGGUAUGAGCUACGCAGAUGGGAAACUGACUGUGCCUAUCACUGGACUGUACUAUAUCUAUCUGCAUGCCUACCAAAACAGCCAUGGAAGAGUCUUGGUUAAUGUGAAUGACGCUCCCGUGGCCAUGGUUAAUGCCCCUUCUCCGCCGGCCAUUGAACAGUUUGCCUCGCAGGUGGGCGGUCUUUUCAACUUACAAGAAAAUGACGAAAUCUCGUUUACUUCGAAUUAUGACGGCUGCGUGCUUUACAUGUAUACCGGGCAUACCUUCUUUGGCGCCUAUUUGGUUGAACUGGGAAUUUGA